AUGCAUAAAUUAAAUGUAACACCUAAAAUUAGUAAAAAGAAAAAAAAAUCACCCUUGGAUGGUAAACCAUAUGCAAGCGGUGUUGUAUUAAAAACAUUAAUUAAAAAACCUAGAAAACCUAAUUCAGCAAAUAGAAAAUGUGUUUUAUUAAAAUUAUCAACAGGAAAAGAAAUGAUUGCUUAUGUACCUGGAGUAGGACAUAAUUUGCAAGAGCACAAUACAGUACUUGUAAAAGUAUCUAGAUUAAAGGAUACUCCUGGAGUAAAACUUAAAUGUAUUAGAGGAAAAUAUGAUUUAGGACAUCCGAUAAAAAAAGAUCAGUGA